GCCAAUCAGAGUUAAUGCGGAAGCUGGUGUCUCUGAAGUCAGAUCUUCAACUUCAUUAUUUUCUGCAAAUCUGAGGAAAGCGGUUAUUUGUUAUGGACGGUGACUCGAAAAGAAAGAGAGAGGACACUGAGGAUGCAGGUGGAAAGAUUGCUAAAACAGAAACCGAAUAUGAGGCAGAGGAUCAGAGAAGUGUCCAUGAAGUCAUAACCUUCAAGUCGUCUCAUCUAUCAGAGCAGCACUAUGAUAAGGACACAACCGAGCCCAUCAGCACUGCCUUGAAAUCUUUAGAUGAGCUGCGGUCCUGGAAGAGCAGCGAUGCAAAUCCGUUCAACGUGGCCACCGUCCCGUUGGAGAAAAGAUGGCCGUCGCUGAAAGACUCUCGGAUGAGGACGCUCGUCUGUCAUGACAUGAUGGGAGGAUACCUGGAGGACAGGUUUAUUCAAGGUACAGAGGUGGACACACCGUACGUGUUCUAUCACUGGAAAUAUAUCGACAUCUUCAACUACUUCAGCCAUCAUAUGGUGACCAUUCCUCCUGCCAUGUGGACCAACGCUGCUCAUAAACACGGCGUGCUCUCGCUAGGCACCUUCAUCACGGAGUGGAAGGAGGGAGAGGAGAUGUGUGAGAAAUUCCUGGAAGGAGAGGAAAAGUAUCGCUCAGUUGCUGAUAAACUGGUGCAGAUUGCGCACUGUUACGGCUUCGACGGCUGGCUCAUAAACAUAGAGAAUGCGCUGAGUAAACGUUCUGUGAAACACAUGGCUCCGUUCCUGCGCUACCUCACUGAUCAGAUGCAUAAGCAAGUUCCCGGCAGUCUGGUGAUCUGGUACGACAGCGUUCUGGAGGACGGUACUCUGAAAUGGCAAGACCAACUCAACGACAGCAACAGAGUGUUUUUUGAUGCGUGCGAUGGCAUUUUCACCAACUAUAACUGGACGGUGAGCAGUCUGGAGGAUAUGGCGUCCGAUUCAGCAGCACAGGGGCGUCUGGCCGAUAUUUACGUCGGCAUCGAUGUGUUUGCAAGAGGAGAGGUAGUGGGAGGAAAGUUUGAAACGAAUAAGGCUCUUGAGCUGGUGCGUAAACAUGGACUUUCUACAGCCAUUUUUGCUCCUGGUUGGGUUUACGAGUGCCACGACAAGGUGGAUUUCCGCAAGAACCAGGACAAAUUUUGGGGCUUGUUAUCAGACUUCCUCUACAUUCACCGUCCUGAGUGUCCUCUUCCCUUUGUCUCAUCGUUCUGUCAGGGUUAUGGAAAGAAUUUCUACUGGAGAGGGAAGGUAGAGCAGGACAGAACCUGGAUGAAUCUGAGUGCUCAGGAGCUGCAGCCUCUUUAUGUGAUGGAGAAUUUGGAGGGAGGAGGCUGGUUUCAGACUCGAGGCUGCUCAGAGGAAGUGUGGACUGGAGGGAGUUCACUAGUGCUAGAGGGGACCAUGCCCAAAUCCCUGUCCAAAAUCUGUGCCAGGAUACUUUCACUGCACGUGCCAUUGGCCUCAAGGAUGUUCAUCUCAUGCGUCUAUCAGUCGUCAGACAGAGUGAAUAUCUCUUUAGAGCUCAAAACCACAGACGCUGCUCCCUGCACACACACAGGGAGUGACGAGAUGCAGACCAGUAAUGUGAUUCCGGAGGGGUUGGAUGAAGAUCAUGAGCUUGUGAAGCAGUUCACUCGGAGCUGUGGAGAGCGGAAAGCAAAUGGCUGGAUUACCAGGUGUUUCCUCCUGGAGGGGACCGGGUGUGCCCUGAGAGAGGUGUGUGUCAGUGUGUCUCGAAAAGACGAAGAAUCACAGGAUCUUCCGUUUAACUGUAGGAUCGGAGAGAUCAUGGUGUUGGAUGCAGAGAGUCUCUUCAACCCUCUGUUGCCCAUCCAGAGCAUGCGUGUGCGUGAUGUGGUGUGGCAUAAAGGAGAUGUUGAUGUAAAUGGAAAAGCCGCAAAGGUAUUUCUGAGCGCUACACUAACCUGGCGCUACCCGACUCAACUGGCACGAUAUUUUCGUGUGUUUUGGCGUCAUGUACGCGGUCCUGACCCGCGAGUUGGGCCUGGACUGGCCGUGCCUAUCGGCCGGUCGUAUUCACCACAGUACCGUGUGGUUGAGCUUGAGGUUGAACACGCGGCUGGAGUGAUGGAGCUGCUGGUGGAGCCGGUGCGCAGAGAAGGCUUCAGCUUGCCCGAGUCGCACUGGGGGAGACAGACACUGAGCUAUACACACUCCACUGAUACAUAAACAUACCCAUACUGUAUACGCAAAGAUUUUUUUUUUUAGUGCACUUGCUCCAUGUUGUAUUUUAAUUGUAAAGCAACUCUGAGUGUGAGAAAAGUGCAACACAUCAUUUCAAGUAUUUUUGUAUUAUUAAUGUCUUUGAAAGAAAUUCUGAGUGGUUUUUACUUUAAAAAUCAUGGGGGUUUUUUAAAUACAUUUUUUAUAUUUAGAAAAUAUGUGUUUUUUUUAAUAAAAUACUUUUGCCUGCCUCUUCA